AUGGAUGUGGAGGCGGGACUACCGAUGCCAAUUCCUAGGAGACCAGCUCCGUUGUGGGCCUCAGGCUACUCGUCACCCCCGCAACGAGCACCUUGGGAUUUUAGCAAUAGCGAGCCCCUAUCCCCAACGGAACAACGUCCGCAACCACGACGCCGAUUGAGCCAAUGGCUGGCAGAGGAUCCGGACAUACGAAUGGUGGCGGAAGAUGAGGAAAGAAAACAACGACAACGCCUUGAGAGGGAGGCAACGAUAAUCGUAGAAGAAGAAGAUUCAGCGAGAAAUGCCCUAUCGCCAGAGGCACCUUCUUCAAGACGCGGAUCUGCUACUGACAUCCAGCCAUUCGCUCCUGCUGCUGCUGCUGAACAAAAGAAUUCUGAACCCGCCGCCCGGCCGAAACGCCGUGAAUCCAUCAAGGUCCACCUCCAGCGCAUCAAGCAAAAAGCUGAAAAGGUGCUUGAAGAAGUUCAUGACCGUUUGGUGGAUUCUGGAGACCAUCCAAGUAGUGGACAAGUAGCACCGGCUGUGGAAGAGCCGAUUACGUCACCAAAAUCGGAAGAAGGAAUUACGAGUCCGGUUUCCCCGCCGCCGGAGCUUGUAGCUGAACCGGCAAUUCUAGAGAAGCCUGGGAGCCCAACCCCAUCCCAGUCUUCACGAAGGACGAUAAGCUCCGCCGAACUUAAAGACAAAAUGCGCAUGAAGAUCCGAAAACAAGCUGAAAAGGUGGUGGAACGUACUCGCGACAGUAUCCAGCUGACUCGAAGACUCCAAAGAAAACCGACUUUCCGGCAGAAUAGUGAAGCGCUAUCACCGGAACAGCUGAAUACUGAUGACGCACAGAUCCAGAGGGCAUUGCAGUUUUCUACCGUAACCCCGGAAUAUCCACUCUACCAAUAUACGCCAGCCAUUCAAUGGACAGAGGCCACGAAAAGGGUCAACCGGAAAUUCGUGCAACUUGAUGUAGCAAUUGGGCAGCUUGUCUUCAAUUAUCAUUGGCUGGCCACCGAGGAGGUCGAGACAAAGUUGCAUCAGCUGCAAAUCGUGCCGAGACCAGCCAUCGUUUGUACCGAAAAGCGACCCGGGAUAUUGUUCGCUAUUCAGCGCAACUUUCCGAGACUCGGAAUCGGCAAAAAUAUUCAACAAAUCCGCUCGAUUGUCGGCAUCUCAGGAUCCCGGCCGGACCGGUACAAGAGUAGAGUUGAAAUCCAAGUGGUUGUCCAUUUCAACGACAUCAUCGUUCACCGUACCCCUCCCCGUCCCCUUCAAUCCGAUUUUUGUGUCGACCUGGCCGAGCUGUACAACUUGGAAAUCUACACCCCUCCCGAAUCGAUCACUCUGACCAUUUUGGAGCGUUUCAACAAGGGAGAAUAUAGGGAAAUUGCUGUUGUCGGCCUACCAGUGCCCGAUCCAGGAAUGAUCACCGAUGAUCCGGAAAUACCAAACCUCAAGCCAAGCUUUGCCACCGAUGAACGCAUUAAUGGAAUUCCGAUGAACACCUCCGAAAUCGACGCCUCCCUCCUACAACUGUCAGAAGGGCGAAACACGACUCUUCGUCGUCGUGGCCGAGGAAUUCUAGAUUCUCACCGCCAAUCGUCAAUGGCCUAUGCUGCCAUGAUACGGAAAGAGCUGCUCGAUCGUUUUCGGCGUUCCGAUGCGUCGAAGAGUUAUUCGGACUUGAUGACAUCCAACGUUCAACUCCUCGUCAAUAUCCAAAGCGCCAUCGACCUGCCCGUGCGAGAUUCGGGCCUCUUACAGCCAUAUGUACAAGUGUCGUUCCAGGACCAAAAUGGGCAGACUGGCACGGUUAAUGGCGCGAAUCCAUCAUGGCAACAUUCUCUCAUUUUUCCAGUACGUCGCGAGAAUGAGUCGAGCGAUCUGAAGAAUGUGAUGGAUACGGUAGAGAUUGCUGUCUACGAUCAGUCCGUCUCGACCCUCCCAAAGGAUGACCGGAUUCCGAAUGCUGUCCACGAGCAGACGACACAACGGUUUAUCGCGUCUGUUAGGAUCCCGUUUUCGACGAUUCUCAGUCGAGGGAACAUUGAGGGACAGCUGCGACUCCAGCUUCCGUUGUUUUUGCUUGGAUACAGACUAACAGAAAAGCCAUGCUACAUCCGUGUCCUCGUCGCCCUGAAUCCUCCAGUUGCCGUGCCAAGACUCCGUCCACCCCGCCUCAAUGGAUCUUUCGAACCGGCUACCGUAGAAGCGCAGUGUCGACAAUGGGAGACAGUAUGUAGUAGUGGACCGGAACGGAGCGGGAGAAGAUAUGUCAGCCUUGUGUCGGAUACGCAUGGGAGGAGGGUGUUGGCUACGAGAUUCCUCCGACCGGCGCGUCUACCCCCCAGAUGGCAUAAAUCCAACGUCAAGGGGAGUGUAGCGGAGGCGUUACGUGCUGCGGCUUUAAUCCCAUUUGCCAGUGAUCCGAUCAUGUUUCCGGGAAUUUCGGAUGUAUGGACGAGUUUGCAACAGAUUCUUCAACUCUGCUGUGGAGAUGAGGAGGAGCAUGGAGUACUGUUGUGCUGUUGGCUGUUGGCUCUGGAUGUUGAGGCAAGGCUGGUGCUUGGGACUGCAUUGCCUGAAGGAGACAAAGCCGCUUUCGUCUACGUAAAACACCCAGAAAUCACCUGCCUACUCAAUCCAACGGAUGGAAACAUGUAUUCCCUGGACGAUGGAUUGUGCCCACUUCUUUCUGUCGGGACAGUCAUUACGCCGGACAACAUUUACGGCAAUGUCCAGCCGAACGAUCAUCCAUCACAGAUCACCUGGGAUUUUACGAAGCCACACCUCUGGCAUCCUCUAUGGCUGAAACCUCAAACAUCAACGCAGAACUUACCUAACGAAAAUCUGGAAUAUCCGGAAUUACCGGAAGAAGUUGUUUCGGAGUUGAGGUCAACGAUCGAACGGGAAGUACGCGUGCGUUUCGAUACAAAUCGACCGUACGGAGUACCGCAGUGGAAUCUACUGGCUUCGAGAGCCCUGCGCGAGAUCCUGCAAGAAUUCGAAGCCGGCCGUCCACCCGACGUCAGCGACAAGCUGUCCCGCCUCCGGGAAUCGUUUGUGGUUAGCGCAUCAGCUGUCCGAAUCCCGUUCGAAUCGUUGGAGACUACCGUAACCCAGGUGCUUCGGCUGCUCUAUCAUGUUGAUGCUUCACCACAAGUACAGUUUGCCGUGGCCGUCCACGUCGAGCCCCUCUUCUGCCAUAUCGCCUCCAUAUCCAUUGGUGUCGCUGCCAUGACCCCAAAAAAU